UACAGCAAUUUUGUGAUGUUACUGGUUAGACAAGAAGUGUUCAGUCUCCCAGUGAACUAUCUCUGGCUGAGCCGGAUCAGCAGGAAGUGCUGCCCGGUCCUUCGUCCUUCCAGCAGCAGCAGCAGCAGCAGGUUGAGCGCAGACGGCAGGAUGCUGCUAACAGAGAAGUCCAGUUCUCAAAUGAUUCAGGCGGUGUUGACUAGCGCCCCCACAGGCCUGGAGGGAUUCAAGGCUCACGCUGUGUUUCAGGAGAUUGCUAAAAAGCUACAGGAGGAAGGGGAGCAGUUUGUGAAGAAGAUCGGAGGUGUGUUUGCUUUUAAGGUGAAGGACGGCCCGGGUGGAAGCGAGGCUCUCUGGUUCGUGGAUGUAAAAGAGGGGAGGGGCUGCGUUCACAACGACGCGAGUAAGAAGGCAGACUGUACUAUGACCAUGACUGACUCUGACCUGCUGGCCUUGAUGACUGGGAAGAUGAACCCUCAGACGGCUUUCUUCCAGGGUAAGCUGAAGAUCACAGGGAACAUGGGCAUGGCCAUGAAGCUCCAGAACCUUCAGCUGAAGCCGGGCAAUGCCAAGCUGUGAGGGUCCAAACCCACCAUUCCGGAGUGGCAACCUAGAGAAUAGAGUCUUUUAGAGUGACUGAGCCAGAGACGGAGAAACUCACUACUUAGACAUAGUGUUUAAUCUGCACUUUGGCCUGGGACCUGUCUUCAUGAACAGUUUUAGAAGAGGAGUGCUAAUAUCAGAUUAGAGAUCUUUUUCCAAUCAAAACUAAUGAGUACCCAAUUCAUCAACAAACCAGGAUUAUGGAUCAGCACUGUUGCUUUUAGACGUGUUCUGAUGACAGGGUCUGUUCUUCUUCUAACAGGUGAAUAAUGGCAGUUAAGGAGCACAAGGUGAAGGCCUUUAAAAAAAAAAAAAAAAGAAUUGGAGCUCUUGUUAAAAAAAAAAGAUAAUUAUAAUUUGAUCCCUCUAAUUUGUACCAUAAGGGUCUGUGCCCUGUUUUAACUGGAGUGUGUAUGCUAAUAUGUGUGUUUGUUACAGGGUUUAAAAGUGUCUUCAUGCUGUUACCGGGGGAAACUGAGGGUAUAAGUGCCUGUAGUGCAUGUGUAAGAGGUGGCAGGUUAUAUAUAUUUAUGGAAUGGAGGCUCCACAACAUAAUUGGUUGGUUCAUUGACUGAUACUGUACUGUAUGUAUGUAUGUAUGUAUGUAAACAAAGGCGUGUCAUAUUUGCCCAACUGUAAUAUCAGGGUCUGAGGUUUCAAUACGUUUCUGUAGCACAAGGCAACACUUUGUUACCUGUAAGCCGUUUCCCAGAGUCUCCGUGUACAACAUUUCUGCGUUUCUGUCCACCCGAAGGCUGAAAUGUUUUUUUUUACUAAAUAAACUUUCCUCUUUCACACGAACAAA